AACUUAUAUCAAAUGUACCCGACAACGGGUCCACAGUCGGUCUGACAAUUCCAAGUGCAGAUUCGUGUGACUUUUUUGGUCGGUGUCAGUGUCGAAAAAGUCUUGCGCUUUCAAUAGCAAAUAUGGCAGGCAGAGGUGGACAUGAUAAUAAUAGAUUUGGUGGUGAGCGGCCCCGCAGACCGCUUCCUACGGAACCGCCCUACAUCGCGUACGUGGGCAACUUGCCGCAGGGCGUGGUCCAGGGCGAUCUCAAUAGAAUAUUCGCCGACUACACGGUGAAAAACAUCCGCCUGGUGAAGGACAAGGAGACGGACAUCUUCAAAGGCUUCUGCUAUGUGGAGUUUGCCACCCUUGAAGAGCUGAAGGGUGCGCUGGACAUGGACGGGAUGAUCGUACUAAAUGAUAGUACGGCCACCCUUCGAAUUGACAUAGCCGAGCAGAAAAAGAACGACCGCGGGGGCUUCAACAAGCGGGGAGGCGUCGGUGGUGGUGGAGGUCAACAGAAUCGCGGACCUGGAGGUAAUUUUAACAAUAAGGGCGGGAACCCGAACAACAAUCGACAAGGUGGCGAUAGGAAUUAUGGCAAUGACAAUUACGGCCGAAACGAUUUCGAUAGGAACCGUGGUGGGCGCCCUAAUAAUUUCAAUGACCGUGCGCCCAAUCGUGGUAGAUAUGGUAACUUCAGCGAAGACGGAGGUGGCCGAGACGACUGGAAUCGUGACCACGACAGAGGUGACAGUUACAGUCGGGAUGGAGGGGACCGUUUCAAUCGAUACGGUGGAGGCGGCGGCGGUGGCCCAGGUGGUGGUGCUGGUGGUGGUGGUGGUGCAGGUCGCCGUGACCAUCGUGACUACGAUCGAAGGAACGAUCAACCACAGCAAAGCGGUGGCGGCGGCGGCGGUCCAUCGUCUCAGCUCAGUCUCGCAGAGCGAGAUGUUGGUAGACCUAAGUUAAACCUAAAACCGCGUACCGUAGACACUCCGUUGAAUGCACUAGCGGAUACAAAACAAGCCGCCACUAUUUUCGGCGCCGCUAAGCCGCGUGAGGAGAAGAACCCUACUGAUACACCGGGGUCGGAACGUAAAACGUCCACUUCUUCAUCGACAGCGGAAGAGAUCAAUAACGGGCCGAACUAAAGCUUUUCUUUAGUUUAUAAUAACGUUAACAAUUAACUAUUUUUCCUUUUCUUCAAUCGAAAGCAGAAGUAAAACCUUUUUACUAAAAUCAAGCAAAUAGGAAGGAAAAGCUAAAAGAUUGUCAUGUCCAGUUACAUGCCCAUACGUGAAAAUAUAUGCAUACACAUAAAAAACAAUACACCCUAACGUAAAAAGUAUGUGUUUAAUUUAUAUUUUGAGUUUUACGCUUUUUUCUACGAUUUAAUAUUAAUAUUAAAGAGAAAAUGCAAAAAAAGAAAGAAUGAAAAACAUAAAAUGUAAUUAUAAUGCAAAUAACAAAACAAACAACAGUAAAGUAUAUUGAUUACUAUAGCACAUUGAUAUAUUGCAAAACCUAAACAUGUAAUGAUUAAAUGAGGAAAAAACUGCAACUGAAAUCUUACUCUAAGGAUACAAUAGACGACAGGAAAUACUUUUUGAGCUAGUGAACCACAUUAAUAUUAACUACAAAGGCGAGUCGAUUUUUUAAGUUGACUUUUGUUUACCCGUUCUGCUCUCAAUUCUAAUACUUUGCGUUGACCGUCUUCUGUAAGAAUCUAUUGGGAAUUUCGGAAUAGAGCGCAUUCGAUUAAACAGAUACAUUUGAGAAUAACAACAACUAAGAGAACCUAAACGAUACCAAUGGCGCAUGAAACAUAGGAUUCGGUAGAGAAAAAAGGCAUUCUGAUAGGAAUUUCCUCACCGGCUCAAGUUCUAGUUUUACGACAAUGACACUGAUAGCUUUAUGCCAGUUUAAAAGUUACUUUAUUAUUUUUGUCUUGGUUUUAUUAAGCAGGUACCUAUCGUGUGGUGGUAUUCGGUAUGUGCGAUCCGAGAUUCAUGUUUUAUGUUUUAAUAUAUAAAAUAACACACGAUUAGGCUCAAAUUUUUUCGAUUCGCUUUUGAUCGGUUGAAUAAUUUGGAACAUAAAUUUCAAGAAAUGUAAAAAAGCAGUAAGGCAUAUUAUACACUCCUAUGUUUAAGUGUUGUUGAAAUAAAAAUGAGAUGAAUGAUGAAAUUGAAAACGAAUGAAUAAAAUGAUGAAACAACUGAUACUUGGAAACAUAAA